ACAUCUUGACACGUUUAUUUGCUCAGUUUGAUUUCAAAUUUUCUGUUAUUCGGUGAAUAUAUAAGUAAUUACCAUGUGUUAUUUGUUCUCAUUUAACUUUGAAGUAUUGAAAAUGAAAGCAAAAAUAUUGUUUGCCUGUUUGGUACUUUUGCUGACAUAUAAUGGGGCCCUUGGAUCGCUUGCUGACACAUUAAAUUCAUGGGCUGAACAUAACAAAACUAUUCCCAACAUUUUUAAACCAUCGAAAGGCGGUUUCCUUGGCUAUGGUUGUAAUGGUUUUGCGUACAGAGGUUUUCUAUUGAAUUCAACUACAAAAAUGGAGGUUGCAAUGAAAUUUACACCGCUAAAUCGUAAAGGUGAUGCCGAUUCAGAAUACGAAAUGUACAAAUAUUUGAAUGCGGUUCAAAAUCCAAGUGUAGAGUUGUAUGGAAUACCAAAUGUUUAUUAUUAUGAUACGUGGCAAGAUUACAAGUUGAUGGCAAUUACUUUACUCGAAUCAAACUUUCUGGAAAAAACCAAUGCGACAAAUGAAGUCGAUCUUUUGAUUAUAUUUCAGCAAUUUGUAAUUAGAACUAUUGUAUUCAUUGGUGCAUUCUACAUAGAUUUGAUUGUAUUCUUCAGGUGA